UUUAAUAGUAGGGAGAACCAAAAUAACGAGUCACAGGCAAAAGAAAAAAACAUUGCUCUCAACUCUGUUAUUCUGGCUAAGUUAGUGUUUUUUGUUGAUCUGAGUUUCAUCAUAAUUUACAAUUAGAGAUGGCGAAAUCGACCAAAGAUCCGACGUCUUAUCCACCGAUAAAGGCAGAGCAAUACCUACACAGCCCCGUUCACUACGCGGUGGUGAUUCGCGACCACGCUAAACUUUCCAGAAUAAUUUCUUCACUUCCCCGAGUUCCCGACCCUGCACGAGUCAUCACUGAGUCCGACUCCCUCGCUCACGAGCGACUCGCGGAAAAAAUCUCCGCCGUGCUCGACCGCCGCGACGUCCCGUUCCGCGAGACGCCUCUCCACCUUGCUGUCCGCCUCAACGACAUCGUCGCCGCGAAAGCCCUUGCCACCGCCGGAGCCGACAUCUCCCUACAUAACGGCGCUGGCUGGAACCCGCUUCAGGAAGCGAUUUGCCGGCGCGCCUCCGAUAUCGCGCACCUCCUGGCUAGACUCCACCACCACGCCGCAUGGGCAAAGUGGCGGCGACGCCUGCCGCGACUUGUUGCCGCGCUCCGCCGCAUGCGCGACUUCUAUAUGGAGAUCUCGUUCCACUUCGAGAGCUCCGUGAUCCCCUUCGUCGGGAAAAUCGCCCCCUCCGAUACGUAUAAAAUCUGGAAGCGCGACGGCAACCUCCGCGCCGACACCACCCUCGCCGGCUUCGACGGCCUCAAAAUCCACCGCGCAGACCAGAGCUUCCUCUUCCUCGGCGACGGCGACGGCAAAGGCAACAUCCCCGCCGGUUCGCUCCUCGUGCUCAACCGUGACGAUAGAAAAAUUCUAGACGCAUUCGAGAAUGCCGGAGCUCCGAUGAGCGAUUCUGAUGCAGCGGGCUUUUGCUCGCAGAGCAGCGUCUACCGGCCGGGGAUGGAUGUAACAAAAGCAGAGUUAGUGGGUAGAACAAAUUGGAGAAGACAAGAGAAGAUGGAAAACGUCGGAGAGUGGAAAGCUAGGGUUUACGAAGUGCAUAACGUUGUUUUCAGUUUCCGGUCAAGAAAAGUUGCUGCCGGUGAAUCUGACGUGGCCGGGAGCGAGCAGGUUUUGCCAUUGGAGCUGGAUGAAGACGAAGACGGUUUUCUCGUUGCGGAGAAUCCGAGUUUUGGAAUCCCAGCGGCUUGUAAUAGCAAUGCCGAUAAGAGAAGACAUAGUAGUUUUGUUCGAGAAGAACGAGAGUGGGUCCCGGUGGGGAGAAAAAGCGUGGAUUUGCCUUCUAUAUCUAUGGCGCCGCCUAGGAAAUCUUCCGCCAUGGCACCGCCUAGGAAAUCUUCCGCGGUGGCCCCGCCUAUGCUGGAGCCGCCUACGAAGGAGAAAGAAUAUUUGAGAAGUUUGCGGCCGGCGGUGUGGUUGACGGAGCAGUUUCCAUUGAAGACGGAAGAGUUGUUGCCAUUGUUGGACAUUCUGGCGAACAAGGUGAAGGCAGUGCGGCGGCUGCGGGAGUUACUGACGACAAAGUUCCCGGCGGGCAGUUUUCCGGUGAAGGUGGCGAUCCCCGUGGUCCCCACUGUGAGGGUGGUGGUCACGUUUACGAAGUUCGUGGACCUGCAACCUCUGGAGCAGUUCUACACGCCGCUCUCGAGUCCUUCGCAUUUGCUCAGUGCAGAUGAUGAUUUUCUUGAUGGUGAUCAUAAUCGGCAGAAAUUACUAAGACAAAGUUCAUCAUCUUCUGGGGGCUCCACGUGGCUGAGACGAAGUACUAGUAGUAGCCAAUCGUGGAGCAAGCACCAACAACGAUGCUCCUCUGGAGCUCUGGAUUCGGAUCCUUUUGCCAUUCCUGCUGGAUAUACGUGGACCAAUAGUGGGGAUGAUUCGUCACGGAAAAUGAACAAGUCCAACUCCUUCAGAAAAUCAAAGUGAAAACACCAUACACCAAGUAUCAAGUAUGCACUAAUUUGAGUUUUAAGAUGAGAUAAUUUCAUGAAAUAUGUGAACCAUUGUAGCAAUGUGUCGAAAGCUGCAUCCAUAAUUGUGUAAAUAUCCCGUAUUGUUUUUCAUUAAUCAACUGGGGGCUUUGGGAUAACCGUGUUCAUACAGAGGACCCUCAGCAUAGUUUUUAGAAGUAAGAACUGAAUUACUUGACCAAGUUUUGUUUCGUCUAUCAUAGUCAAAUUUGUUAUGUUUCA